GUACCGGGAGGAGGGCGGAACUCGACCGGGCGGUGGGCGUGGCUUAUCCACACCACGGCCCUUCCCAUAGCGGGGCAGCGCCGGCUCUCGCGGUCCUCCCGCCCACAGGGGAGCGCUGUGGUGCCGCCGCGUCCCUCCCGCCGCUGCCGGUGAGGCUCGGCCGCGCCCGCCCCGGUGAGCCGGGAUGGGCAAGAGCUGCAAGGUGGUGGUGUGCGGGCAGGCCUCGGUCGGGAAAACCUCCAUCCUGGAGCAGCUGCUCUACGGGAACCAUGUGGUCGGCUCGGAGAUGAUCGAGACCCAGGAGGACAUUUACGUGGGCUCCAUCGAGACCGACCGGGGCGUGAGGGAGCAGGUGCCAAGGAGUCCUUCAAGCGUGUCGAGCUGCUCAAGAAGGAGAUCGACAAGUCCAAGGACAAGAAGGAGGUCACCAUUGUGGUUUUGGGCAACAAGUGUGACCUGCAGGAGCAGCGCCGGGUGGACCAUGAUGCAGCCCAGCACUGGGCCAAGGGUGAGAAGGUGAAGCUGUGGGAGGUGUCCGUGGCUGACCGGCGCACGCUGAUCGAGCCCUUCAUCUACCUGGCCAGCAAGAUGACACAGCCACAGAGCAAAUCUGCCUUCCCCCUGAGCCGCAAGAACAAGGGCAGUGGAUCCAUGGAUGGAUGAGCCUGCUUCCCCUUCCCUUCCGUUGCCACCUCCUCUUCCUCACCUUCCUGCUUCCCUCGCACACACCUCCUGCUGAGUCUGGUGUCACAGAGCCUGUAGGAAGCAGGUGACCAGGAGGAACAAUCAUGCCAGGGCUAGGGAUGGUCCUGGUGGACAAGAGAGGCAGUGGGACAGAACCACUCCUCUCCCUGCCCAGCCCCUGCAGCUGUCGGAGGUGCUACAGGAAGGUCAGGAUUCACUCAGUGACCCCCUCUGCUCUCAGGUCCAGGCUGGGAGAGUGGAACAGAGGCACAGCACAGGCUGGCUGGAGCGUGGGCAUCAGCUCCACAUCUGGAGAGAACAACUCCCUCUUUUUGUAUUUCCUGAUAGCAUGUGGGCAGGGCCUGUUUGCUGGCCCUGCCUCCAGCCAAGCAGCUCUCCUUGCCUCUGUGCUGCUCCCUGGCAGCUUGUCCCUUACCCUGGCAGUGUCCACUGCUCCUUUAUGCACUGGAAUAUCCAGACAUGCUGCACCAGGGAAUGCCUAGAGCAGGGCAGGUGCUGUUCCUGAGGGCAGAGUGCCCAAAUCCACCAUUCCAGCCUUCCUCUUCCUGAGUGCAGACUCAGCCAUGAGCUUGGAGGAGAUGGGGUUGUGCUUCACCUGCAUACCUAGAUCCUUGGAGGAGUGGGACUGUACUUACCAUGCACACCCCAGAUGCUUUGGGCUAUGGCAGCUCUCACUGCCCACCUGUCACAAUGCUGCCUCUUCUCAGAACUACCUUAAGACAAGGCACAGGUGUCCCAGCCUUACCCAGCAACACUUAUUCCCUUCAGGUAGUCUGGAUGUAGGAAAGGAAUUGAUGAAAAGCCCCAGUGUGUUUAUACUUGUUCCUUUUAUUUACUGAGUAACACAAUAAAGCGAUGAGAUUCGGUUAUCAAAA